ACGUUGCUUGGAACUUAUUAACAGCGGUGAUCAACAGUCAUUCUACAGGUGUGCUGUAAUAACGUUGCUGUGUCAGUUAAGAUACCUUCUAAGUCUUUUCUGUUUGUUGUUUACAGUUUCACUCAGAAGUUUUCACCUGACAUUUGGGGAACAUCAACAAAGGAGCAAGGCACUCGCUUCCUGGCUCAUGAAACUCGAGUUUGGCUCGUACACACAUAAACACACAAAGAAAAGGAAGUGGGCGGGCCUCUGUUUAUCUCUGACUUAAAAACAAGAAAAAUGAGCCACAGUAAAAUCUAAGGAGCAGUAGUCAUCAUGUGGGGUGCUGUCAUUCUGGUGGGGAUCUGCAGCUGGCUUUUCUUCCUCCUGCUCAAGAUUCAAAGGCCGAACAAGUUUCCCCCUGGACCCCGGCCAAUACCUCUCUUUGGGAAUCUGCUGGAGCUCAACCUCAACAACCCUCUAAAUGAUCUACAGCGGCUGUCCGACCAGUAUGGUAAGGUGUUCAGUGUAUACCUUGGGUCACGGCCAGCAGUUGUCCUGACUGGAAUGGAGACGAUUAAGGAGGCUCUAAUUAAUAAAGCUGUAGAUUUUGCUGGCCGACCGCAAGACCUUAUGGUCAACCAUGCUACAGAAAACAAAGGUAUCAUUCUGGCUGACUAUGGUCCUGGCUGGAAAGAACACAGGCGCUUUGCCCUGAUGACCCUGAAGAACUUUGGUUUGGGGAAGCAAUCCAUGGAAAAAAAAAUCCUGGGAGAGAUUUCUUACGUUAUUUCAAAACUGGAGACCUUUGUUGGAAAAUCCAUGAGUCCUCAGACUCUGUUCCACAAUGCUGCAUCAAACAUUAUUUUCGCUGUUCUCUUUGGAGCCCGCUACGAGUACGACGAUGAGGUCCUUAAGCUUUUUGUCAGGCUCUACACUGAGAAUGCAAAGAUUGCCAACGGGCCUUGGGCCAUGAUAUAUGACACUUUUCCUCUGAUAAGAAGCUUGCCCCUGCCUUUUCAAAAGGCUUUUGAGAACACUGACACGGCAUUGAAAAUGGGUGCGAAUUUGGUCAAUGAGCACAAGAAGACCAGGGUCCCAGGGCAGCCAAAUGAUUUCAUUGACUGCUACCUGGACGAACUGGACAAGAGAGGGGAUGAUGGGUCCUCGUUUGAAGAGUCAAGACUUGUGAUGUAUGCUCUGGAUCUACACUUCGCUGGGACAGACACCACGUCCAACACUCUUCUCACCGCUUUCCUUUAUCUCUCUACUCAUCCAGAUAUUCAGGAGAGGUUUUAUCAAGAGAUUGUUGAGGUCCUGGAGGGGAAAGACGAGGCUUGCUUUGAAGACAGACACCGAAUGCCCUACACUCAGGCUGUUAUCCACGAAUCUCAGCGUGUCGCCAACACCGUCCCUCUCAGUGUGUUCCACAGCACGACUAAAGAUACAGAGCUACAGGGUUAUCACAUCCCAAAGGGCACUAUGAUCAUUCCCAAUCUGACCUCAGUGCUGUCUGAGGAAGGGCAGUGGAAGUAUCCUCGUGAGUUCAACCCUUCCAACUUCCUGAAUGAGCAGGGAGAGUUUGAGAAGCCGGAGGCAUUCAUGCCCUUCUCUGUUGGGUCCCGUGUGUGUCUUGGUGAAGGCUUGGCCCGUAUGGAGCUCUUUUUGGUCAUGGUCACUCUGUUGCAGCACUUCAAGUUUGGCUGGCCUGAGGAUGCGGGGGUUCCAGACUACACUCCUGUUUUUGGGGUGACCUUGACACCCAAACCCUACAGUAUGACUGUGAGUCUGAGGAGCACAGGACAGAGUUAGCCUGUAGAACCACAAUAGAACCAAUAAUAAAAUAAUCUGGUGGAAAAUGCUAGUUUUCCAUGCUUAACAUAGAGUUUCACACAAGGCCAAACAUUCUGGUCCGGAGGUCUUCUGGCACUGAACUCUUAACAGGUCCAAAGGCCAGGACAUGGAGAGGCAGCUUUUAGUUUCUAUGCUCCCAGCCUUUGGAAUACUCUGCCAGAAGACCAAUGAAUGGCUGAAACAGUGGAAACCUUUAAACGUGAACUUAAGACGUACCUCUUUAAUCGCGCCUAUCAUUCUGUGUAAUAUUGAUAUCAUGAUGGUAUGGUUUUUUCAUCCCUCUAAAAAUUCUGUGGCAAAUACAAGUGUUUGUAAUCCCCCCCCAUUUUGGCUAAAUACAAGUGUUUGUAAUCCCCCCCCAUUUUGGCUAAAGGCUAAACAUUGUCGCGUAGUAAUUUUGACUCUCGCACCUAUCUCCACUAAUCCACUCGUUUCAUUGCUUCCGCAACCAGUUCUGCAUACUUUAGCUACUACCUUUUAAAGGCUUCCUCAAUUGCAUCUUCAAAAGGAAUUGUUAACUCAAUAAAGUAAACAAUGCACACUCAGAACACAAUACCAUGGUGUGACCAGCAGUGAUAAUAAUGCACUGUGGAACUUGAUGCUGUCUUCUGACAUCAGCCAGCAAUCUCCAAUCUCACGCGUUGCCCCAUCUGCCUGGUGUCCACUCUUCUGCUCCUCUCGCACUAAAGAAAUUCAACUGUCCCUGUCAUUAAACAUAAUUUAUUCAAACACA